UUUUAGCUCAGCAGUUUGUGUGUAAGACUUGCGCAGGAAUGUUCACUCUCGUUUUUUCGUGUCAGUGAACUCAAUCGUUAAAAAUAUGGCGAUAAACGUAAGCGUGAGGAGCGCGAGCGCUACACUAAAGUCGCGUAGUAAAAAUCGUAAAAAUUUACAUCCUCAAAAAACUAUUAUUAUUUCAUUCAUAAAUUUAUCUGUUGUUUCCGUUAUUUUGUCCGCAGUUGAAGGAAGCAGUAGUACACCUUUGUCACAGUGGUAUCUGAGUGAUGUUAGUUACGGGAAUUCAAAUGACGACAGUGAAGCUAUUUCAUUGGAAGGGAUUUACUUAAUUACUCAGCAAAAGUGGCAAGCUAAAACUGCGCUGCCAAUCUCCUUGAUGUCUGCUCGGUCUCAUCAUAGGAUUCGGCAGUCCUCAACGGGACUGGAUGAUGCUGGGAUGGACCUUCAAGGAACUCAGCUUGGUAUCAGUGCUGGUCAGGAGACGACUGCUGUAUCAUGGACAAACUGGAAAUUACCAUUCCCAGUUAUAGUUUGUGCAUUUGCUGGCGCUAUUCUCUUUACUUUCCUGUUCCUCUUAUGGCUCCGCAAGCAAAUGUCGAGUGAAAAGAAGUCUAGUGAUGGAGAUAGACGUGAGCUGGUGGAAAAGGGGGCUGUUGACACGUCCCCGUCCUCGUCCUCACUGGAUAAGCCUGGAAAGAGUACGCAAGAAUGGUCAAUGGAAGCCAAAUGGGUCCACCAGCCAGCCUCUAAGCCUGCAUCAGUUUCUGUUCAAACUGUCAGCCCUACUGCCAAAGCCAGUUUACCUAGUGGUUUAGUAAGAAAUUUGCCAGAAGUACUGACUGUCGCGACGCCUGAAAAACGUCCCGAACCCAUUCGUAUAAAAGCCAAAGGUUCUCUGCUUGAACGACGAGGCUCAAGUGCGAGUUUGACGAUUGAGUUGGCUCCAGCUCCUGGUAGUCCGCCCCACGUCGUUACUCCAACACGUGAAUGCACUUCCGAAGAGUUUCUUUUGAGCGCUGGAAAUAUACUGUCACGUACGCAGUUGAGAAAAGUUAUACGAGAUCCAUCUGCGCUGCAUAAAGAAUUUUGGGAGGUGCCGCUAAAUCUACCAGAGAAAGUUGAUAUUUUUGGAGCUGGUGUAAAGAAUAGAUAUUCUGGAGUACUGCCAAACCCUCAUUCUAGGGUUGUCCUCAGAGGAUUUGAUAAUCCAGUUGCUAGUUAUAUCAACGCUAAUUACAUUAGGGGAUAUGACGGUGAGAAUAAACGUUAUAUAGCAACUCAAGGACCACUUGCCAGCACAGUCACAGACUUUUGGCGAAUGGUGUGGACGGAAAAAGUAUCAGGAGUUGUAAUGAUGACGCGGUUGUUUGAAGCAGCUAAGGCCAAAUGUGACGUUUACUUCCCACUGGAAAACAACAGCCGAAUUCAGGCUGGUCCGUUUACAAUUACCGUCACGUCUAUUACUAACAGGGACGGUUACAUGGUACGUGACAUAGAGCUGAGACAUGAGGGUGAGAGAAGGAAUGUCACGCACUAUUGGUAUGACUCAUGGCCUGAUCACGCAGUACCUCAAGCCGCAGACUCACUAGUCAGUUUGGCGGCUGUAAUAAAUACCUUGCCCGGGCCUGUGGUCGUGCACUGCAGUGCAGGAAUCGGUAGAACUGGAUGUUUUAUUGCUCUUGCUACUGGUAUGAUUCAACUUGCCCGAGAUGGUAACGUUGAUGUCUUAGGAAUUCUCUGUCAAAUGAGGUAUGAUAGAGGAGGCAUGAUCCAGACAGCUGAGCAAUAUGAGUUUGUACACAAAGCUCUCUGUCUGUUUGAGCAGACGCUGGAUGGCAAUAAGCCAACAACCGGCGACUGAAUCGUCUAGCCAAGUAGACGUUUACAAAUAAAAUAAUAAAGUUGAAGUGGCGAGUGACCUGAUUAUCAUUUAAUUGCUCGCGGAUUAUUAAGGUAAAUAUUUACGUGGGUUUAAUUAAUAUUGAUAAUAAUAACAAUAAUAAUAUUAAUAUUAAUAUUAAAUAAUAGUAAUAAUAUUAAGUAUUUACUCGCUAAAUGAAAUACUGUCACAUGUUCUCUUCUUUUUUUUAUUUAAACAAAAAAAUGUACAAUUUAAUUUUUUUAAAAAAAUUAAUGUCAUAUAACUGUGUUAUAAUUAUCUGACGAUUAUGAAUCUCGUAAUUUAUUAAGCUGCCAUUACUAUACUGCCACAAACAAAAUAUACACAACUUUAUUGUGAGAUAUAAAUUUUACUAUUGACGAUCAUAUAAAAAUGAUAAAUUGUAUACAACAAAUCAAAGAAAAUCAAUUAUUUGGAUUGUUAAAAUUAACAUCUUUAACAUUUAAUAAUUAUUUUGAAUUCCGACAUGAAGACAACUGUUUUCUUCACUAUUAUUUAUAUUUAUUUUGAAUUUAUUUAUUAACAAAGACUGAAUGCGACUAGUACAAUGUGUUUCAUUAAUAAAUCGUUAAAGAAUAGUUAUAUGGAUAUGCUCGUUUGUGCAAGAUAAUGAAAAUUGAGAAAAAAAAAAAAAAAAAAAAAAAAAAACACAUUUAUUCAAAUAUCAGAUCUGAGAGUAAAAUAAAGACAUUAGUAAUUAAUAGUCGUACUAUUAUAUAUUUUAAGUCGGUAAAAAUAAGUUAUAAUAUUGAAUAAAAAAAAUAUAUUUUAAAUAUUAAUUUUAAAUUAAUGAAUUUAUAAUGUUUAAUUACUAAUGUCUUUACAGUAUGAGAAAGAAAAUAAUAAUGAUAAAUAUUGAAAAGAGUGAGCUUUCAACUCGCUCAGAAUAUAUAAAUGUAUAAAACAGAAAAUCUCAGAGCUAUAUAUUAUUAAAAAAACUAUAAAUAUUUUUAAAAAUACACAACAUAGCUGAUAAAGUUUUUAAAUUUUAUUCAAGCUGCUUAUAAAUUUCUAUUAAUUUUCUGAAAAAAAAAAAAAAAAAAAAAAAAAAAAAAAAAAAUAGUAAUUAAUUAAAGGCAUUUUCAGAAAGUGUCUCCGAUUUUUUUAAAUAUUCAAUGAUUUAACUGUCAACCGUAUUGAAAUUUUAUUAAUUAAUUUUUGAAAAAUUGAAGCGUUGCAAUUUCUCCGAGACGUAGAAUUUAAAAAAAAUUACUUACAGUUGUUAUCAGAGGAGUUGAAGUCAUUCUUAGACAAUGCCCCCACUCUUUUAAAAUAUUAAAUGACUCAAUUAUAAUGACCGUAUUAAAAUUUUGAUAGUUAAUUUAAAAAAAAUUAAAGCAUUAAUUGAAAAAAAUGCAACGCAAUUACGAUUUCGCCCAGACAUAGAUUAUCAAAAAAUCUUGACGAAAUUGUAGCUGCGUUGACUUUUUUUUACUUAAUGCUUUAAUUUUUUUAAAUUAAUUCAUGAAAUUUUAAUACUGUUAUGACAGUUCGUCAUUGAAUAUUUUAAAAAAGUGGGGGGUAUUGAUUGAGAAUCCCUUCAAAUGAAAUUUGUUAAAUAAAUUUUGAUCUAUAAAAUUUGAAAAUUCGAAUUAUAAAAUUGACAAGAAAAUUUUACUAAAAUUUAUUUUCCAAAUUUCGUUUAAUUCCUAAUUAAUGAUAACUGUAAGUUAUUUUUUUUAAAUCUAUAUCAGCAAAAUUGCAAUUACGUUGUCUUGUGUUCAACUAAUGCUUACAUUUUUGUAAUUAAUUAAUUAAUUAAAUUUUCAUACGCUUAUAAGAGUUAAAGGUCAUUAAAUAUUUUAAAAAAUUGGGGUAUUGUCUAAAAAUGCUCUCAAAGAGAUGAGAAAAAAAUUUAUGUUAUAUUUUAUUCAUUCCAAUAUUUCAAUGUAAUAAAAACACAUACAUAAAAAAACCCUAAUUAAUACUGGUGAUAAUUGAAUCUCAAUGUUCAUAAAAUAUUGUAUGUGAAAUGUUAUCUUUCAUAUCCCUACGUGCCUAAAAUUAAAAAAAAAAAAAUUAAAAAAAAAAAAACAAAAAAAAAAAUACUGAAACACCGACAAACUAUUAUUUAAAUGGCCUCAGUGAUUAUUAAACGGUAAUUUAUUUUAUAUUUUAUCUUUAUAAAAUUAUUUAAGCUAAUUAAUUUAAAUAUUGAAAAAAAAAACAAAUGUUUAUGCUAAAUAAUUAUAAUUAAUAUAAAUAAUUGUAAUAAUAAUGAGCAAUUAAUCAGCGUGUGUGUAUUUUGUGUUCAGUGAACGCAAGUUUGUGAUAUAAAUGUGUAAAAAAUUAUAAUUAUUAUAUAUUGUACAGAGAGCGAAUUAUAUUUGUGAGUGUAAAAGAAUAUGUAUACAAUGUGAAUUUAAAAUUUAAAAAAAAUAAUAAAUAAUA